AUGCCGAGGACCCUACAGCGAACAGUGCAAACAGAAAUCGACAUGUCUUCAGAGCAAUGCAUUAUUCAGGUGUUGGGUGAAGGCAGAGUACUGCACCCUGCAGAGCGCGCUACUGUUCACCUACAGGCCCUGGGGCGCAACAACUCCUCCCAGCAAGACGCCUCGGAAACGGUCCGAUCCGCCGCCCAAGCGGUGCAGAAUCUCGUCCACGAAUCUUUCCAGUCCGACGCGCACUCGGGCCGGGGCGCUGCGGAUUCGCCCAUCUCGCAGUACUCGAUGGCCUCGCUCAAGACGGCCCAGCGCAGCGAGCGCCUCAACUCCGGCAGCAACGCCACCGAGACCGUCUACACGGCGCAGGUGGACUUUGCCGUCACGUUUCGCGACUUUGAGGCUCUAGACGGCUUUGCCACGACGGCGUCGGCCAUGGGCCACGUCUCCGUCUCCAAGGUUGAGUGGCUGCUGACGGACGACACGCUGGGCGCCUUUGCUGGCCAGGCUCGUACGCUCGCCGCGAGAGACGCCAAAGUUAAGGCGUAUGACUUUGCCAAGGAGCUGCAUCGCAUUCCGGACAGCAGGCUCGAGCAGGAUGUCCGCGCCAUUCACGUCGAGGACAAAUCUCGGGCGGCUCAGCAGGGCACGCGACCCCAUGCUCGUGGGUAUAGCGCAGGCGUACCAUUGAGCCGGGUCAGCACCACGGCUCUCAGUUUUGUGCCGGAAGAUGUCACUAUCAAAGUUGACGUUAAUGUUCACUUUAAAAUCGCUUUGGUUCCUGAUAUUGCUUGUUGA